CUGAGCUGUAAUGUGUAGACAUGCAUGCAUGCAUGAGCACUACUAAAAAAACAAACACGACAUGAGACCUAAAAAAAGAGGGUUUAGAGAAUGUGCAAGCCACUUGAUCUAGAGCAUUGCAUGCAUGGCUCUGGGAGAGUCGAUACACGUAUUACGUAAUUAUUGUGAAGAUUGUGAGCAAGUAUAUUUCGAGGGUAUAAGCUUUUGCGGAAUGACCGGUUUUCGCGGAUUUAAUGUCCGUGGAAUAGCAGCCUUUUACAGCAUGCAUGCAUGCGAUAUUAAAUUUGUGGGCAUAUAUAAAUGUUUGCUUAAUCAGCGAGAGAACAAUUAUACCCUUGAUUAGUCUUAUGUUCUAUAAUCUGUCUAUAUGCGAAAACAGGAAGUGUAUUAAUAUGAAUAUAAAAGAAGUAAACAAUUGCAAAGGAGGUUGUCUAGUCAGCAUCUUCUAACUGUCAAUAGAGAUGACACUAAUAGAGAUAAUAAAGCUCAUUAGAGUUCUUCUGAUUUGCUUUCUGGCUGGCUUCAGCAUUGCCCAAUAUUCAGUGAGUGUGGAUAGACCAUGUCCAAUGGAAACAGUCACUUUUACCUGCACUGCUAAUGGAGAUAUCUUGAUAUGGGACCUGCCUGGAAAUCGUAUCACUGUCCUCACCACCUCUGAUCCACUAGUAAUGCAGUCAGGCUACACUGUGACACUGAUUGCACUUGAUAACGAUACAUUAACUUCUACUCUAUCAAGAACAGCAGAGAAUGGGAUCACUGUGUCCUGUUUGGAGAUUGUGUCUACUCUAACCACUAUAGGAUCUUCAACAAUCCGUUUGGCUGAUCCACCAGGACCACCUUCCGCUGUAAGACAUUUUAUUUUGAGCAGCUCAGCCAAUGAAGUCAGUGUAUCUGUACAGUGGAACCCUCCUACUGAGACUGGUGGUAGAGAUGACCCCACUUACACGGUGACCAUCUCACCUCCGGCCCAGCUCUUUGCAACUGUCCUCACAUCCACCUCUGUCACUGUGACUGCUCCAUACAAUGUGGACUACACUGUCAGUGUUGUGGCUACCAACUGUGCUGGGAACAGUACAACUGCUGACUACAACUUUAGGAUCGGUGGCUGUUCUGCGUUGACCAACCUCACGAAUGGAGCAUUUGGACCAGUCUUCAGCAGAUUGCCUGGAUCAACAGUAACCAUCCAGUGUGAUGCUGGGUAUGUGCCUACUGUUACAAUGGUGACAUGUGAGGGUACACUGAUGUGGAGUCCAGACCCUGAGGCUAUUGAGUGUACAUCACUAACCACACCUACUCUCACAACUCCUGCUCCUUGUAGUAAUUGUGCCAGCCUAUCUGAUGGGAGUCGAUUUGAUGCAGCUGUCUCCAUCAGCGUGGUUGUCACAGCAAUUCUAUUCACGAUAAUAGGAUUAUUUGUGGGACUCUUGAUAAUGUAUUUGUUCAUGCAUAAGAAGAAUGUGUACUCCCCGUCAGCUAAAGAGCGAGCUAACGUAGGACCCACUGUAUCAGCUGGUCCUGUUUAUGAGGAGGUGUCACCCAAGGAGGAGAUUGAACUAAAUACUAACCAGGCGUAUGGACCAGUAGGACUGUGAAACUUUUGGUAAUUUUCAUCAACAGUUAAUGUACAUGUAAACAAUUAACACAAUUAAUGUAGCACGUACUGCAACUGUUCAUUAUCAACAACUUAAGAACAAUGUAAACAGAGUUGUUGGCAUAAGUCAUGUAGCUACGUAGCUGUUUCAUUUUUCCUGGUCUGAAAGGAUUGCUUCAGCUGAAAAUACGCACCUCGAUUAAA